AAAUUAUGGAAAUGGCGGCGAAAAAUGGAGUAACAGUGAAGUGAAGGUACUGAAAUUGGAGUAAGAAAGCGAGGUAGAAUUCAUUCUCUGAUAAUGUCGAUUUCACUCCACUCCAAUGCUAAGAUUUUGUGCACUAGAUUCUACCAUCAAUAUAACCAAAACCUUCCUUCCCCCCUCCUAUUCCAACUCCCCGAUCACCUCCAUUUCCCUCCCAAUUACCGAUUAUCUGCCGUCGUUGAUCACAAAAGGUCCUCGAUUGUUUACUGCAACAAAGAUGGGGACUCCGCGUUUUCCGAUCGGGGCGACGCCUUUACGUGCGUGAUGAAGUUCGGCGGCUCUUCGGUAGCUCUGGCGGAGAGGAUGAGAGAGGUGGCUAAUCUCAUCCAAUGUUUUCCCGAGGAGAAUCCAAUAAUCGUGCUUUCCGCCAUGGGAAAGACCUCCAACAAUCUAAUUUGCGCAGGAGAGAAGGCUGUGAGCUGCGGAUUCACCAACAUGUCGGAGAUCGAGGAGUUGAGCCUUAUCAAAGACGUGCAUCUUAGAAUAGUGAACGAGCUGGGGAUUGGUGUGUCUGUGAUUACUGAACAACUGGAUGAAUUGGAGUUGCUUUUGAAUGGGAUAGCUAGACUGAAGGAGCUGACACCCCGGACUCGAGACAAACUAGUUUCAUUUGGGGAGUGUAUGUCUACGAGGGUUUUUGCUGCCUAUCUUAAUAGCAUUGGCAUAAAAGCACAACAAUAUGAUGCAUUCGACAUUGGAUUUGUCACAACGGAUGAUUUCACAAAUGCAGACAUUUUGGAUGCAACCUAUCCUGCUGUUGCCGCUAAAUUACAUGCUGACUGGAUUAGCAAUAAAGCAAUUCCUGUAGUUACUGGCUUUCUCGGAAGGGAUGCAAGUCUGGUGAGAUAACUGCUCUAGGUAGAGGUGGUAGUGACUUGACAGCUACUGUAAUUGGCAAAGCUUAGGGUUUACGAGAAAUUCAGGUGAAAUCAUGAAGACUAUUUUAUGUUGACUACAUAUAUUGUUUGAUUCAUAGAAAAUAGCCAUUCGGCUUUGCUUCAAUUUCCCACAGGUCUGGAAGGAUGUCAGUGGUGUUCUUACCUGUGAUCCCAGUAUUCAUCCGUGUGCAAAACCUGUACCUUAUUUGACGUUUGAAGAGGCUGCAGAGCUUGCUUAUUUUGGAGCUCUGGUUAUUUUUCUGCAUUCUUAACUAUAGGUGGAAGACAUGUAUAUUGAACAUAGCAAAUUGUUAACUUUAUUAAGUUGC